AUGUAUCAAAUGCAACAUAGUCGAGUGAAUUUUGAUGAAGAAAGGUUAUUGAGUUUAAAACUAAACCCCUUGCAUCGUAAUCUUCACAAGAAUUUAACUCUAUCUUCUAACUUAGAUCCGGACUCCAACUUUCGUGAUGAAAAAUUUAAUUGCGAUUUUUUUAAUGAAUGUAGUUUAAAUAACUUACUGCUCAACUCAUCUCAAAAUACUAACCACUUAUCUUUCAUGCAUUUGAAUAUUCGUAGUUUAAACUGUAAUCUAAAUAGUCUGCAGAACUUGCUCGCAAGAAUACAUAAUCCGUCUUCGGUCAUUGGAAUUUCCGAAACCUGGUUUCAGAAUUCACUCCACCAGGUUGACAUUAAUGGGUAUAACUUUGAACACAACUAUCGUUCCAACAGAACCGGAGGUGGGGUUGGGAUGUAUAUCGCAUCUACACUUGAUUACAAAAUUCGUUAUGAUUUGUGCUUUGAAAAUACCGAAAUUGCUGAAUCGUUAUUCAUUGAGAUUGCAAAUCCCAAGGGUAAGAAUUAUGUUGUGGGAGUGAUAUAUAGACGGGCUAAAUAUACUGAUCGAUAA